ACACACCCGCACCUUUCCACACACCUGUCCUGUUCUCCGGAAGUACUGUGACGUCAGAAGAGAGGCGUUUUGAAGCUAAAGAAUCCAGGGAAAGAAUCUCGCUCGACCUGAUCAGCCAUCAUGAACAGAGCGCUUAAAGUUUCAGCCUCACUCCUCUGACUCACACUCAGGCCCGGCAGAAUCUUCAGAGCGACACGACUUGAUCUGAGCUAGAUUUAUUUCACGUAAGAAGAAUUAGACUUUUUAAUCAUUUUUAUUUAAGGAUGUCUAUUCCGAGCAUUUUACCGGACGAGAAGGUGUUUGCUGAGUUCAAGGACAGGUGUCUAUCAACGGACAACUGGCUGAAAAAGUACGAUAAAAAUGACAUGCAAGUGUGGGUUGAACACGUGCCUGCAAAAAAAGGAAAUUCUCCCCCUAAAAUCCACACCAUUAAGUGUAAAAUGACCAUUAAAGACGUGUCAGCCGCGUCCAUGUAUGAUGUCCUUCAUGACGGCCAUUACCGUAGGAAAUGGGACCCGACCAUGGUGGAGAGCUACGACAUCGCCCGUCUCUCUGCUAACGCAGAUGUGGGCUACUACUCCUGGAAAUGCCCCAAAACAAUAACCAACAGAGAUGUGGUGACUCUUCGUUCCUGGCAUGUGACGAAUGACGAGUACAUCAUCGUCAAUUUCUCGGUCAAACACCCGAAAUACCCUCCGCGUCACGACCUGGUCAGAGCCGUGUCUCUCAUCACAGGUUAUUACAUCAAAUCCACCGGACCAAAGAGCUGCACUUUCUUGUAUCUUUCACAGGCUGACCCCAAAGGUUACCUUCCAAAGUGGUUGGUGAACAAAGCUUCGCAAGUUCUCGCACCUAAGGUGUUGAAGUGUGUACACAGGGCAGGACAGAACUACCCAGAGUGGAAACAGCAGAACUCUCCUGACCAGAAGCCCUGGUUGUACCCGGAGCAGAACACACUGCCCAUGAUGGACCCGGCCGAGCUGUCCAUACAGAGAGCAGACUCUCUGGAAAACGUGGAUGAGAGUUCCAAGAUGGACCCUCAGGACAGCGAGGACAGUUCGUAAAUCAUGCCGACGUGCACACAGGAGGGAGAAAGUGUUUUCAGAAGGAGAGAGAGGAGGAUGGACUUGAGACCUCCUGCUCUGAUUUAGGACCAGGCUCCUCUGACUAUGUGCCAAAAUCAGUGGGUGACAUGUCUACAGUCGUCUUAGCUGGAGAUCAGAACAGGUCCAGAUGCCAUUUGAUCACUUAUCCUGAGCUAAGCUCAAGGUUUACCUUUGUUUUCCCCCGUUUUUAUUUCUUUAUGGAGACUGAAGGAAAAUACAGUACUAUUGCUGAAAGUAGAGUGAAGUGAAUUAGAAUCUAAACUGUCACCACUACUGGCUAAAAUCGGUUGUUUUAGUUGUUACAGUAGCUAUUUAUUAGUAAUUAAUCAAUAAUAUAAAAACAGUAGUUUUUAUUUUAUUGAGACACUGGCUUUCUCGUUUCUGUUAUUUUACUAAUUUAAAAAAAAUACAGUAUAACAUCCAUAUUUUCCCUUUUUUUAAUGUAAGUUUUACAUCUUUCAGUUGUGAUCUGGGCAGACAGAAUGAAGCCUUGUUGUGGGAUUUAAAGGUUUUCACUGUUUUUCUUAUAUAAUUAUAGACUGUAGACCUGGUCAUUCAAGGAUGAGAUCAGACGUUGAUCUCUGAGAAUGGAAUUGUCUUAAAAAUCAUUGACUGCAUCUAAAAAGAUGAAGUAACUGAAAAUGUGGAAUUAUGAAGGUUAGGAAUACUUUUCAUUAAAUGUAAAAUAUUUAUACGUAGCUUCAAAUGCUAAAUUCGGGAAUACAAUGUCUGUUUGGUGGAGCAUGAUCCCAUUUGGUGGAAAAUGGAUAAUAAAGCACAACAGAAAUUGGUUCAUAUAAGCAUAACUGUACGACAUGAAAUAUCCUAACAACUUGAAGGAUUUUUCUGAGUCUUCUCAUUGCAGCCAGGUUGCUUCAUCUACUUGAUGCAGUAGGUUAUAAUUGUAUAGAGGUGUUAAAUGUACACAGCAGGUCAUGCAAUUUAUUCUCAGGGUUUCUGAGAACUCAGAUGAAGGCAUGUUUAGGGAACAAAGCUGGGAUGAAGCCGUGCAGGCUGAGAUGGUUGGCUUUUGUCCACUGUAACAUUUUCGUAUGAACCAUAUGAUACUGACUUGACUGUCUUAAGAAGGUUUUUUUAAGUAAACCUCAGUUACAAAG